CGGCGCUCAGUGACUGGUGCACCCUACGUGCGAGCAAGUGUUUUUCGUCGUGGACUCUCCGUGUGGCACGAGAGAAAAAGAAAAGAGAAGGAAGCGGAGCCUCGGUGUGCCUCGUGUAGGUUUUGUUGGAUCCGUUGUGUCGUCGUCGUCGUCGUCGUCGUCGUCUCCUCUUUCGUUUGAGCGAACCGGGGAACGCGUCACGGAACUUCGAUCGAAAAUUGCGUUCCACGCUGCGCGCGCUCUGCGCCGGUGACCCUGACAUUCGACGGACGAGAGCGAACCGACACAUUUGCCCGACCGUGCCGGUUAGAGAAUCAUCUUUCGUACGAUAUCGUUGGACACCGAGUAUCCGAGGCCUUCGUCGACAAUAUACGCAGUUUCGAGUACGAACAGUCAUCGAGAGACUUAGACUUUGUCGAAACUACCGCGACGUGGCGUCGCGGAACCACGCUGACCUUGACUUUGUUGCACGAAACACAUUGCGACGCCACGACCGAAAGACAGAUUCUUUUCAAAACCGAGUCGCGCUCGUUUCUUACAGUGAUAUUUCUUGUAAUCGUGCUUGGAGUGACCAUUACUUCUCUUUUUCACAAAUUCUCCGUGUCGAGAGGAAAGAACAUCAGCGAAUGACACUUAGUUCCAGCGUGUGUUCGUUCUGUCCCUGAUCACCGAUCGAACCGGCGCGAUUUUUCUCGUUGUGGUGCCCGCCUUUUUUUCUUUCAGUACCAGAUACAUCCGCUGCGUGUCUCUGCAAUUUACUGCGCGCCACUUGGCAAACCAUCAAGAAGCCACUCAUUGAAUGGAUGUGCGUGUGACGACGCAACCGAAAAGCGGGAAAUGCGUGAAGAUGAAAGAAUAGAAUAACCGAGGGGUAACGUGAAAGAAACGAAGUUGUAUAACGCUUAGCCGUGCAGAAGUUUACCUCUGAUUAGCUAUUUUGUCUACGACCGGAGUGUCACUUACCUAGUUUCCCUAGAAUCGAGAAAACACGAUACGAAGCGUCGGUUUGUGGUUCACAACGGUGUACAACGAGUUGGAAGAGACGGGCCGGUUCGUAAGGGCGGGUUUGACAUCGAUCCGUGAGGAGGAAGUGAUGGCACCGCGGCGUCACGCGAACGGCCACGCUGGUGUACUGAUGGAGAACGGCGGUGGAGGAGCCGGUGGCGGUGGUAUAAACGACACGAUGGAGAACAACCUGCUAACACAGAAUCAGACGACCCGUUGCUGCACGCCUACCGGCGAGUGCCUCCGGGGUGACGCUUUAAUUCGCUUAAACGCUCUACACGACGCGGUCAAGGUGAUGUGCAACAACGAUAACUGCCCGAUCGGUCAGUUCAUGCAUCGCGAGUGUUUCGACGCCUGGGAGCAAACCGUGCUUACGUAUUUGAAGAGUUGCGGACGCGCCCGUAGCUGGUCCGAGCGACAGCGCCAUCAGAAUCUUUGGACGAAAAAGGGUUACGAUCUGGCCUUUAAAGCGUGCGGCUGUCGUUGCGGACGUGGACAUCUGAAGAAAGAUCUCGAUUGGAUGCCACCGGGAACCGGGAACGUUACUGGUAACAGGCAAGACGAGAACGAGGCGAAGAAGAAGAAACGACGCAAUCGUCAGAAUACCAGACCUACUUUAGCCGUUUCGGCUGGACCACCGAGCCACGGCAAUCACGUUUCGACGAAUGGUCGCGGUCCAACCGAGGCACAGUUGAUCGAAUCCGGCCGUGGAAGGGCUGGCUCGCUCUCGUCCAGCACUGGUUCCAGUUCACCACCGGCCACCAGCGAACCCAGCGUUAGCCCCCUUCAUCAGCCCCAGGUCAUUAUGAAGAAGAAGAGCAAGGUUGAUUUCUUCAGUGAUCGAGCUCGGCAAAGUUGCGGUGCGAAUGGAAUCUUCUCCCGUCGACUGGAUUUCAGCGCUUUCAACAGCCUGCCACGCACUAAACUCAACUCCUAUCACAUUAAGAUGGAAGACGAGGGCAAUCAUGGCAACGAUGAUACCAGAUGCUUCAUUUUGUCGACGCUGGCCGCGCUACAAUGGUCCAGAGUUUCCUGCGUCCUUUGUCGAGCACCCAUGCUAGUCUUCGACAGGUAUCCCUUGGUGGAUGGUACCUUCUUCUUGUCACCCAGGCAACAUUCGUCCGCCUGCGCGGAGGUUAAGGUCGAAGGUCGCACGCAAUUUUUAUCCGCUGUGUGUAUGAGCUGCCUGGAAGGCAGCGGUGGCCAACCCGUACGUUGUCGUUGCUGUACUCAGCCGUGGGACGGAUCUAGCUUAGUCCUUGGUACAAUGUACAGCUACGAUAUUUUCGCUGCCAUGCCUUGUUGCACCGAGCGACUCAAGUGCAACAGCUGCCAGAAGCCACUGAUCUAUCCGCACCAGCGGCUCAAUUUCUACUCGGACUACAGCCGCGUAUUCGCGUGUCCGCAUUGCCGAGCCGUGGACGCCCACUUCGUAAAACCGCUCUCGAUCUGCUUCACCCGCGAGCAGUUUCAGCUUUAUAGCCAGUGGCCGUAACCAUUAGGGAACUUAGCUAACCGGCGUCGAAGCAUCGCGACUGACCCGUGUCCCCUCUUCUUCGAUCCACUGAUCUCCCUGCUCCGGGCGACCUUGCUCUAGAUCAUCCCCCCCCCCCCCCCACGCUCGUCAGAUCGUUUUAAUUCUUUCCUGUAAACGAUUAUCAUCCACCUGAAGAAGAUAACGACGACGAAGAAGAAAAGAAGAAAAAGAAGAAGAAGAAGGAGAAGAAGACGAAAAAUGCGAGAAGAAAGCAACAAGAGCGUGAAAAAUCUCAGGCUCGGCACUUCGCUUUUUCUACGCUCUUUUAUUCAUUUUUUCUCGGCAAGAACGAGUUUUCUUUUCUGUUUUUACAAGAAACGAUCAAUUUUUAGUUUUUCAUUCGAUCGUUCCGAUUUUCGGGAACAUUGCCAAUGUGUUUCCAGUUAUCAAUCGAGCGAGUCAAGAAAAUGAUUUUCUCUUAUGUUGCGUACGAACGUGUCAGGAUCUUGCCGAAAUGUCGAUUAACCUGAGAUCGAGAGUAUAAAGCGGACGUGUAAGGUCAUUACCGGCGAGUUCCCGUAGCAGCGAUAACGUUUAAGGUUUUUUUCUUUCUCAAUGUCGAUAUAGUAGGGUUUAUCUAUGUUAAUUCAAUGCGAGGGACGAGGGAAUCCGUGUACUUGGGCCACAACGACGAGUUCAUCCCAUCGAUCGACAUGGGAACCAACGCAUCUCGACGGCGUAUCGAUCGAUUCGGCGGAGUUUCAACUCUUGGCGAGAAUUCGAGCCAAGGAUUAUCGUCAGUAUUAUUGGUAAGAUUAAUCAACAAAUCCCAGAACUGGAGUACGUUUCUGGUGGAAUUGAUCUUUAAGUUAGCAAAAGUUCGCGUAGGAAACAACGUUUAGUAAAACGCGCGGGAAGUUCCUUCAUUUUCCUUUUCUUUCGUUCGUCUUUACGUGUCUUUACAUGAUUCUUCGUGUUCUAUUGGCAGAGAUACGAUUAGUCGAAUUUAAAUGCGAGUCAAAUAUCAUAGCGAAUAGAAUAGGCGUGUGUAUAAAGGAAAUUAGCCGUUCGAGGAAAUCUUGUUAGCUUUAGGGAAGUCGAACAAUUAGGUUUAAAAAUGUCGAACGAGAUCGAUACGUCGUCGAUUAUCGUCAGUUGACGCGUUUCGAAUCGAGCAGCGAUUUUUUUAUAAGAUUCGUCCCUCGCGUCCCAUAGUUGAAUUGCGUUAACUGGAGGGAUAGAAGAAGAAAAUGAAGAAACAAAAAUUACGAAUUGCAGAUAAGUAUAGAUCGAGAUACGCAGAACGCUAAAAAGAAAAAGAAAAAAAAAUGGUCUAACUUUCCUGUAUAUUACGUAGGUAUGUAUAAGAAACAAACAUAAAAAAGAAAAAAAAUAAGAAAAAAAGAAAAAAGAAGAAAAUGGUCACUUCGAAACGAAAAGGGGGAAGAGAUAAUGAACUAUCGUUUGUUACUUAGAUAAUCGAGAACGUUGUUUUUUUUACAUUUUAUUAGUUUAUACGUUUAUGGCGGCCAUGUUGAUUUUGUUUAAGGAUCUACGACUCAUUCGAUGGGUUUUCACGUUGAACGGCCGGGCGCCCAGCGAUCUUCCGCCCUCGAGACCCCUAAUUCUCUCUCCCUAAAUUUCGAUCCUUUAACUUCAUCCUUAUAUAUUUCGCUCCCUUUUUCGAUAACUCGAAACAUACGACUGGUUUACCACAGAUGAAAACACAGCCUCGUUUACUCUCCUCGAUCCCUUAAUACUUUUCCCUCCCUCUUUUGUUUCAAUUUUACAACGUUGGAAAUACUCCCGAAGGGUGGUCGAAAGCCAUGGGCGCCCGAAGUAGCCAGUGUAAAUACGUAAUUAAGUGGGAGAGAACGAGAGGGAGAGAGAAAAAAGAGAAGAACGAGCCAUAUGCAGGUUCGUUCGUGAAAGCCUGUGAAAGAAUGGUACAGAACGUAAGCGAGAAAGGACGAAGCGUUUGUAAGAGAGCGAGCGAGAGAGAGAGAGAGAGAGAGAGAGAGAGAGAGAAUACGAGAAUGGAUGACAGCGUGAAAGAAGGGAGCGAAGAAAAAAAAAAGAAGAAGAAAUAAAAUCUUCGUUUUUCUGGCGAUGCUGGUCGUUGCUGUCCAUCAAUAGCGGCCGUCCCACAAACAGAAGACCGCCCACCGUUUUCCCAAGGUAGUAUAGUCGAUCGUGUACCUUCUUUACGUUAAUUCGAUUUAAAAGUAUACUUAAUCCAUUCGUACGCCGGGAAGUAUAUUUAGGAGAUUUCUAUAUUGUCCCGUACAGGUUUUUAGCGAGGACCCCGUGAACCCCGUUGCCUGACGCCUUUCACGAACCAUUUUCUCGUCUUCGUUGCUCGAUCUCGCCACGAGAUUCUUUUCUCUUCGUCUGAUAGCGCGAGAAUAUAUACGAAGAAGGAGAAAAAGAAGGAGAAGAAGGUUGUUUCGUCUUUUACGUGCUUUUCUUUCACUUUUCUUCGUUCGUUCGAGAAAUGUUCGAGGCUGUUACGGUGGCGGGCUUCAUUUAACCGAGCACACACUAUACGACGAUUUAAUCUAUGAGAAUAUCAGCGAGUGAGAGUAAGACGUGGGAUCAGAGCGAACGAACCAGAAGGGGGAGAGAAAGGGGUGCACAAAUUGCUGAAAACGUUUUCUGUGUACGAGUGGAAGGGGCGAGAAAGAACGAGAGACGUAAAGGGAUUAAAAGGGGAAAAAGUAAAAAAAGAAAAAAAGGAAAAAAAAAA